AUGUUCGACACGUCGGCGGUACCGAUUUUCACGGGACAAAACUACUCCGCGUGGAAGUUUAAGUUCCAAGUGCUCAUGAUGGAGCGGGGACUUUGGGGUUUCUUCGAUGGAACGGAGAAGAAGCCGGACGAUGAGAGCGGCAUCGCGGCAUGGAAGAAGAAGGACCAAAAGGCGUUCGCUACGUUGAUUUCGCGCAUCGGCAUCAAUCUCGUGAGCUCGGUGCGCAUGUGCAUCAAGCUCGAAGCGUCGGCGCAUGAAGCGUGGGAGCGGCUCGAGACCAUCCACGUGAACAAGACUCUCCACGGCAAGAUCCUAGCCCGGAAUGCGUUCUACACGGUGAAGAUGCGCGCGGGCGAAUCGAUGCACGAGUAUGCGACUCGUGUGGAGGAACUCGGGGAAACGUUCAUGGACCUCGGUGGAACGGUCACGGAGGAGGAUUGGAUUUUGACCUUGCUAUGCGGCCUUCCGGAAGAGUGGUCGACGGUGAUUACGACACUCGAUAGCGUGCAAGACACUUGGACGAAGGAAAUGGUGGUCGGUCGGCUUCUCCAUGAAGAAUCGCGUCGCCGACAAUUCGCUAAUGAGAGCGUGGAGACCGCCAUGUUCUCCGGAGGGAGUUCCGGAGGAAAGUCCAAGUGGAGCAAGGGUGCGACGAAGAAGUCGUACGGUGGAAGCGAUCGCGGCAAGGGAAACGCAUCGAAUGGCGCGAGCAAGUGCCACUAUUGUGGCAAAGCGGGACACUUUUGGCGAGAGUGUCGGAAGCGGCCGAGCGAUUGGACUCCAUCGAAGGCGCGGAACCAUGAGGGCAACGCGCACACGACAUCUGGCGAGGCGGAUGAUUCAAGUGAGUCGAUCGUGUUAUUGGCCGGUGACGGGAACAACACACCAAGCAACGCGUGGUUCCUCGACACCGGCGCAACGCAACACAUGACGCACUCAGCAUCGUUCCUCACCAACGUUGGUGCACCACGAGACGUUAAGCGCGUCGUCUUCGGGAACAACAAGUCGCUACCCGUGGUCGGAGUCGGGAGUACGCGUCUCAUCGUCGAUAGCGGACCGGUGGACAUCACGAACGUGCUUCACGUCCCGGGGUUGAAGGUGAAUCUACUCUCCGUCACUCAACUCGCGAAGAAAGAUGUGAAGUUCACCAUCGAUGGCGCGACGAUGAACCUCUUUUGGAAGGGGAAGCAAUUCGCACAAGGUGUCCUCAACGGAGAACUCUACGAACUCAAGACGUACUCGAGAGCGGCUUCAUCCAACGUGGCGCAAGGCUCCAAGGCGACUCUCAAGGCGUGGCAUAAUCGGCUUGCGCACGCCAAUUACGACUCGGUCAAGGAGUUGGCAAACAAAGGACUCGCGAAGGGAGUCGACGUGAUCGCCGGCGACGACGAGAAGGGCGUGUGCGCGGCGUGUGUUGAAGGAAAAAUGGCUCGCAAGCCAUUCGGUAGCCGAACGUCACCCCUCGCUAAGGACCCGCUUGCACUUGUUCACAUGGACGUGUGUGGACCGAUGCGGCAUGCAUCAAAGGGAGGAGCGCGGUUCCUCUUGGUGAUGCUCGACGACGCGACGCGGAUGUGUUGGACCCGACUUUUGAAGGCUAAGGGAGAUGUGGCCAAGGCGAUUCAAGAGUGGGCGCUCGAAGUUUGCGACGAUGACAAGAAGCGGAUCAAGUGUAUUCGCACCGAUGGUGGUGGCGAAUUCGUGAAUGCGGAACUCGAGAAAUGGAUGAAGUGCAAGGGCAUUAAACACGACGUCACAACACCCUACACACCCCAACAAAAUGGAGCGGCGGAGCGGCUUAAUCGCACGUUGGUGGAAGCCAUUCGUUCUCUUCUUCAACACUCCAAGCUUGGGAAAGAGUGGUGGGGCGAGGCGAGUUCGCUAGCGGCGUGGAUUCGCAACCGUUUGCCGACGAAGGUGCUCCCGGGAAUGACUCCGUUCGAAGCAUGGACCGGAACGAAGCCGAACCUAUCCCGCCUUCGUACCUUUGGGUGCCUUUGCUACUACCAUGUCCCGGAUCCCCUUCGUCACAAAUUGCAACCGACGGCUCGUGCGGCAAUCUACUUGGGAAUUGCGGCAAACGAGCGUGCGUGGCGAGUGUGGGACUUGGGUGAAAGGCGCGUCGUCACAUCUCGAGACGUGGUCUUCGACGAGGACAAGUUUCCGUCGAAGGAACAACCAAUGCCGCAACACACCGUCGUACUUCCCGCACGAGAGGAGGAUGAGGCGGUGGAGGUUUCAUCACAAGUGGACAAUGAAGCCGAAAGUGGAGGGGGAGAGAACGAGGAGAGCGAUGACGAUGUCGUGGAGGUGCCACCAACCGAGGAGGCAACUCCCUCCGCACCUUCUUCCCUACCAUUGGCGUUGACCCGUGGGCGUCGUACACCUCGCCCCAACACGAAGUUAGCGGACUACGCUACGGUAGCCGUUGGGGAGUUGGAUGAGGAGCGUGCGGCAUAUUGCUUCGCAACCAUGGGAGAUGACCCUCGCACCCACGCGGAGGCUUUGGCUUCUCCGGAUGCACCUCUAUGGAAGCAAGCGAUGGAGAAGGAGCUAGCAUCGAUCAAGGAGAACGAUGUGAGCAGUGGCUGGCUGUCUUCGUAUUACUACUACUUAAGCAACCAGGGAUCAGACAACCGGCAUAUCAGGCUUCUUGUGCCCUCCUCUCCUCUCUACUACCAGUCUUAA